CUGCAGCUUGCAAAAACCAUCACAUACAUUCUUUCCAAUGGCAAAAACCAAACAUGUUAUGUAUCUCAAACUAUCUCUCACCCUUCUCAUUUUAGUUCAUGUUCUUGCCACGACCAACGGUUUGGAUUCUCCUUCGUCCAAAACCGGGCGUCCCUGGCCCUUCAAGAAACUCAACAAACCGGUGGUUUUAAUGAUUUCUUGCGACGGUUUCCGUUUCGGUUACCAAUUCAAAACCGAUACACCAAACAUCGACCUACUCAUAUCCGAAGGAACCGAAGCCAAAUCCGGUUUAAUCCCGGUUUUCCCCACCAUGACAUUCCCAAACCACUACUCCAUCGCAACCGGACUCUACCCGGCUUACCACGGUAUAAUCAUGAACUCCUUUACCGAUCCAGUAACCGGAGAUAAGUUCAACAAAGGCCUAGACCCAAAAUGGUGGUUAGGUGAACCGUUGUGGGUAACAGCAGCAAACCAAGGUCGCAAGGCUGUCACUUACUUCUGGCCUGGCUCUGAAGUCCCCAAAGAUUCUUGGACUUGUCCUAAAGAGUUGUGUCCUCAUUACAACUCUUCGGUUACUUUUGAAGAACGGGUCGAUAAUGUCUUGAGCUACUUCGAUCUUCCACAGAGCGAUAUACCGGACUUCUUGAUGCUGUAUUUCGACCAACCGGACAAGGAAGGCCAUGAGUAUGGUCCUGAUGAUCCUCGUGUUACCGCUGCGGUCGGGCGGGUCGAUAAAAUGAUCGGUAGGGUCAUACAAGGGCUCAAGAAGAGGGAGAUCUUCGAUGAGGUUAAUGUGAUAUUGCUUGGCGAUCACGGAAUGGUGACAAACUGUGACAUGAAAACAAUUUACAUUGAUGAUUUAGCAGAGUGGGUCAAGAUACCAGCGGAUUGGAUCAAUGCGUAUAGCCCCGUGCUGGCGAUGAACCCUAAGUGGGGUAAAGAUGUCAAGAAUCCAAGCGAGAAGAACGCAGAACUCGUGGCUAAGAUGAACGAGGGUUUAAGCUCAGGGAAAGUAGAGAACGGCGAGUUUUUGCAGGUUUACUUGAAGGAGAAGUUACCUAAAAGGCUGCACUAUUCAGAGAGUUCUCGGAUUCCGCCGAUUGUAGGAAUGGUCGGAGAAGGUCUAAUUGUUAGACAGAACAGAACAGGUGUUCAUGAAUGUUAUGGAGAUCAUGGAUACGACAACAAGUACUUCUCCAUGAGAUCUAUCUUUAUUGGACAUGGUCCUAGGUUUAGGCAAGGAAAGAAAGUGCCGUCCUUCGAAAAUGUUCAGAUCUAUAAUGUUGUUGCGGAGAUUCUUGGACUCAGGCCGGCUUCCAACAAUGGUUCUUCUUUGUUCACUAGGAGCAUUCUCUCGUCCUCUGGAGAAACAGGGGAAGUGGAUUAAAGCUAAACAAGCAUUUUAUUUCAAGAUCAUUCAUUAAUAAUAAGCUGAUAACUGUGUUCUUUUUGGUUAAUAAAAUCUAUGUGGCUUGUAAUGUUUUGUUGUUGUUUCUUUUUUGGUUAAUUGUUGAAACGAAUAAGAAAUGAAUAUAUGUUCUUGAA